UAACAAUUCCAUACGAGCCUUCCGACCAACCCGUCGGACGCCAGUGCGCGCAUGUUUUACAACGUAUUUAUUUAUAACUAAACUGGAUAGAGGUGAUGCCCGCCUUCUCCCGAAAAAACACAGGAACCACUCAAACUUCCCAGAAACAGUCCGAACUCCGUGCUCCGUCGAAUUUCCGACGUCUAAACCAUGUGAAAACCGACGUCUUCCGUCUGUCAUGAGCGCGCUCUAGAGCGGUGCGAGAAUCCGAAUUCGCCAUAUUAACAAUGCUGGAUAUCUUCCGCGGCCUCAAGUCCCUUAUACGAGUGAGCCACAUCCACAUAGACUCCCCUGUCUUCCGUUUACACUACUCCCUUACCGUGCUGAUCCUCAUAGCCUUCAGCCUGAUCGUAACCACCAGACAAUACGUUGGGAACCCCAUAGACUGCAUCCACACCAAAGACAUCCCGGAAGACGUCCUCAACACCUACUGCUGGAUCCAUUCCACCUUCACCUUGGUGGAACCCACCCAGUCCAACAGAAACGGAGGUUACCCAGGGUUAGGAACCACCACCCAAGAUAGAGAAAAGAAGUUGUAUCGGUAUUACCAAUGGGUUUGCUUCUGUUUGUUUUUCCAAGCUAUCCUAUUUUAUACUCCCAGAUGGAUGUGGAAAUCUUGGGAAGGUGGAAAAAUCCACGCUCUAAUGAUGGAUUUGGACGUAGGGGUGUGUUCGGAAAUAGAAAAGAAACAAAAGAAAAAACUUAUGAUCGACUAUCUCUGGGAGAACUUGAGGUACAACAAUUGGUACGCAUACAAGUAUUUCUUUUGCGAAGUUCUGGCCUUGAUAAAUGUUGUAGGCCAAAUGUUCCUUAUGGAUAAGUUCUUCGAUGGUGCCUUCCUCACCUACGGUCUCAGGGUGAUCGAAUUCUUGAAUAGUGACGAUGAAGACCGUGCGGAUCCGAUGGUGGAAAUCUUCCCACGAAUGACAAAGUGUACUUUUCGAAAAUUUGGAGUUUCCGGCGACCUCGAGAAACACGAUUCACUAUGUAUUCUACCCCUCAACGUGGUCAACGAGAAAAUAUACAUUUUCCUGUGGUUCUGGUUCAUAAUCUUGACUGUCCUGACAGUGUUUGUGCUUGUGUUCAGAGUGAUAAUCAUCUUUUCGCCUAGAAUGCGGGUGUACCUCUUGCGCAUGCGAUACAGGUUGAUCAGAAGCGAUGCAAUCGACUUGAUAGUUAGACGAAGCAAGAUGGGGGACUGGUUUCUAUUUUAUAUGCUAGGUGAGAACGUGGACUCGGUUAUUUUUCGCGAUGUACUGCACGAACUGGCGAAUAAGCUGGCAAGGCAUAAUUUUCAUCAUAUAUCCGGAUUUAAGAGCGACAUGCAGGAACCUUAACACAUAAUCUUUAGUGAAAAAUAGCAACCCAACUGCACAGUGACUUAAUAAAACAUAAUGGCGACAAUACGUUCAAAUUGAGCCUAAAUAUGGCGAAUGGGACAGGGCUUAGCCAUGUAAUUCAAGAAUACGAUUGACUAAACUGAACUGUCACUUCGUCAAAAUAAAAAUAAUUGGGCCUGAUAGAUUUGUAUAUAGAACAAAUUUAUUCAACUAAAGAAUACCUACUAAAGUGACUACUUGAUAAAAUGAGCCUUACAUUCUCAAAAAUCAGGUAAACGCAGAAUAUAAACAAAAAGUCGCCAUGUUUAGGCUCAGAAACCGGCAGCCAAUCAAAAACGAGACCGCUCGUGUAGCCACUUUUUUUUUAUUAAGUCACUGUACCCAAUCGCAAGAAACAAAUAUGGUUCUUCUGUAAAAGCUCAAUUUGAUGGUAACGGCCACUAAAUUUUCCUAGUGAUGAUUUCCAGGAAUAAAAUCGAAAGGUAUUAUGUAUAAGAUUUGUAUGGAAUCUAGCCGAUUGUUUUACCAAUCCACAGUAACACAAAAGUCAGAACAUACAUUGAUUUAUUCUUUGUAAAAAAGUUUUUAUAUAUUCCAAAUGACAAUAAAAUCUCUAUCAAAAUAUCAAUAUUCUCCUUAUAAUAAAAAUAUACUAUUCGAAAAAUGAAACACUGCCUCAUAUAGCACCCUCAAAAUAUACUUUUCAAAAGUUAGGGAACUUAAGAAUAAAUUCAUAUAUAUCUUUUGAAAUCAUUGUUUCAAGUAGCAUAGUAGAGUAAGAAAAAUACAUUUCAAAAUAUUAUAUACGUAUGUUGUUUGGAAAAUUCAGAGCUCCCUAACUUUUGAAGAGCAGUAUAUACAUAUUACUUUAUAUUAUUUUGUUUUAAUUACUCCGAAUUUUUUCCAUUUACUUGUGAUGUAAGUUUUCAUAAAGACAAAAAUAUAAUAUAAUAAUUUGUUCAAAUUUUAUAUUUUAAUAAACAUUUUUAAAUUUA